UUGUGGUUGGCAGUUUUGAUUUUAAACAUUGUAGGUGAAAUUUGAAUUUCUUAAUGUACAUUUAUGUUCUGUUUUAGAAUGUGAAAUCCCUGAUCAACUGGAACCUGACAUUAGCUCUGACCACCCUGAUGUGAAAAAGGACCUCCCUGCUCAUAUCCAAAUUGCUAAAGAUGUGAUGGAGAGGUGCAUUCACCUUCUGUCAGACAAAAGCAUUAAAUUACGGCUAAAGGUAUUGGAUGUUUUGGAACAGUGUGUGGUUGUUCUCCAGAAUAAUGUAAAUGAACUACUCCCAAUGGUACACCGGGUGUGGAGUCCUUUUGUGCAGAGAUUGACCAAUGAUGAUCCCCUCGUGGUUCUCAGGGCAUUCCAGGUGCUAUGCAGGCUGGCAGACACCUGUGGUGAUUUUCUGAGGAGCAGAGUUUCGAAAAACAUUUUGCCAAAGGUGACCGAAUCUUUAGUCAGCCAAGCCCCUGUCAGUGCAAAGGCUGGGCCUAUUUAUAGCCACACACUCUCCUACAAAGUACAAUUAGCUGAGCUUCAAGGCCUUGGAAAACUCUGUGAGAAACUAGAUCUUGGUGAAACCGAUCUGGAUAUGGUCGCUAGCACUUGCCUACCAUACCUGAGCAGCAGGCAGCCAUGGAAACUCCAGGAUGCAGCUUGCAGUGUUUUUUACCACCUAAAUGAAGUUGAUCCUGAUGCCACAUGGCUUAUUUUAAAUGAAGUUUAUUGUCCAAACACCUACAGUCCACCACAUUCCAGCCUCCCAACAAUACAACUGACUGGAAUGGGAAAGCACAGAAAUGAGUUUACUGAUAAUAUUCUUCAACUUCUGCAAGGAUUUGAAUGACUGAGAAAUUUGUGGUAGUUGGCAGUGCCAAAACCAUACCCAAAGCUCCCCAUAUUCAGACUGCUAACAUCAGCCUUGUUGCAAGGAGUGUCGUAAACUGAGAAAAGGAAUAUGGCUGAAGGAAUACAAAGUCUUUGGUGUACUUCACCCCAGUUUUUCUGGCUUGUUGCGAAGCAGCCCCCUCAAAGGUUUGGACACAUUUACCUUUUCAACCAACAGAAAAGCCAAGAAAAUAUAGGUGACAAAAGUAUUUCGAGGGGACUUCUUAAGCAUUCGAACAAUCACUGAAGAUAGCUAGUGCGGAUUGAAUCAAAACAGAAAUCGCUAGAAAAACUCAGCAGGUCUGGCAGUAUCUGUGGAGAGGAAGCAGAGUUAACAUUUUGGAUCCAGUGACUCUUCAAACUGAUUAUUUUCUGUUUUUUUUCUGAUUUCCAGCAUCUGCAGUUCUUUGGUCUUUUUUGUCCAGUACAGAUUGGUUUCAACAUCUUGUAGCUGGAUCGAUAAUGUGUUAUGAUCCCUUUCCUUGCUAUCUUCCAGCUUUCCUCUAUUAAGCUGUGUAACUGUGACUGGCUACGGGGAGAAUAGGACAACCACAUGACACCAUGUUAUUUAACUAGCAGGCGAGGUGAAAAACUUGACUAACUAGGUUUUUUUGGGUUACUUUGCAUUCAAAAUUGAUUAAUCUUUUGCUCAUCAAGUUUGACUGGAUAGUAUUCCUCAAAUUCUGCAACAGUUAUAGGAUGCAUUAUUUCUUAACAAUAUUGUCUAAGGGCUACAAAAUAUAAUUGGAUAACUCGUAUUUCUGGUGUUCACGCGAUCAAUAUUGUUACACUCAAGGAAGCUUAGUAAUAAACGCACAAGUGUUUUCAACCUAA